ACCCCAGCAGGAAGCGGCUGCAGCCAAUCGGGGCCGGGGCCGCCGCCCCGGGACCGGCCGCUCCGUUCUGCGCCGCCUUCCCGCACUUGCUGCAAGACAGAGGAGACUCCUCCUGAGGACACCCAGGGCCGUGCUUGCUUCUGCUUCCUUACCCGGGCAUCGCCCACGUCGAGGAUGCUCAGCUCCCUGCUUGCCCUGGGGAUGCUGGUGCUCAGCCUGGCAGGUGCCAUGGACCUGCAGGUCCCAGAGGAGCCCGUGGUUGGUCUUUUUGGCCACGAUGCCACCCUGCACUGCUCCUUCUCCCCCGACGCCAACUUCAGCCUCAACGACCUGACUCUCAUCUGGCAUCUGACGGACACCCAGCGCUCGGUGCACAGGUUCUCUGGUGGCCAGGACCAGCUGGCAGACCAGAGCAAAGGCUAUGCCAACCGUACCACCCUCUUCUACGACCAGCUGGCCCAGGGCAACGUCUCCCUGCUGCUGCGGCGGGUGGAGAUCUCCGACGAGGGCACCUUCACCUGCUUCGUCCGCGUCCGGGACUACAGCAGCGCCGCUGUCGCCUUGCAAGUGGCAGCUCCCUACUCGAAGCCCACUGUCAACCUGGAGCCCCACAAGGACUUGAAGCCAGGAGACCUGGCUUCAGUGACUUGCCAUGCUUCCCGUGGCUACCCUGAGGCCAACAUCCUCUGGCAGGACAGCCAAGGCAGCAACAUCACAGAAAACAUCACCACAUCCCAGGUGGCCAACGAGGAAGGUCUCUUUGAAGUAAACAGUGUCCUCCAGGUGCUGGUGGAGCCUGGCAGCACCUACUCCUGCUUGGUGCACAACCCAGUGCUGCAGCAGGAGACCAAAGCUUCUGUCACCAUCACAGGCCAACCCCUGGCCUUCCCCACGGCGGCUCUCUGGCUGACGGUGGCGCUGGCGGUGUGCGUCGUGGUCCUCUUGGUAGUCUUCCUCUACGUCUGCCAGAAGAAAAUCCGCCAGAGCGCCGAGGAGGAGGAGGAAAACGCAGGGACAGAGGAGCAGGAGGAGGAGGGGGAAGAGCCCAAGACAGCUCUGCAGCCUCUGAAGAACCUGGAGGACAACGAUGGUAACGAGCAAGAUAUCGAUUGAUGGCAGCUGGGACCCCCCCUGUGCCCUGAACCAGCUGAGGAUGAGCUCUGGGUCCCCUGUGGAGGGCACAGACCUGCUGCCCACCUCGUCACCCUCAAGCCCCAUCACCUUCCUCCCUUGCCAGCCACGUCUUUGAGAUGCCCUGAGGCUGGGGAGAGGCUGAGUCUCUGCCACCCUAUUUGCGUGGGGUGAAAGCUUCUUCUCUGCCCAUCCCUGCGUGGAGCUGAGAGCAGCCAGGCUCAAGCAUUCUCCUCCCAGCAUGGCCACAGCCAAGCCAACCACUUCCAGCUGCCUUCUUGGGCAGGUUUAGGUGCCCUUUCCAAGCCCAGAGGUGCUGGGCUCAGCGAGGUCCCUGAGAGCACCCAACAGAGCCCUUCAGCGAGGUCCCUGGGAGCACCCAAGAGAGCCCUGGAGGCUUCAGGAAGAUGGAUGGGACCUGCCUGAGCCCCAGGCCUGGGGCAGCAGAGGUGAUGCUCUCAGCCUGGGUGGAUUGACAGCUCUGGAGCUGUGCAGAAGAUGUUCUCACUUUGCACCACUGUGGUACCCACUGGACUUUUUUUUGCCUUAAAUGCAGCAUCCAACUGGGACAGUUCUCAGAUUAACCUGGGGGGAGGUUUGCAAGGUGGCCAAAGGGCAGGGGCUUGGGGGGACACACACACACCUGCUGGCCAGGUGAAGGCCUCCCCACCCCUGUCUGAUGCUUUUGGGGGCUAAAGUGCUGGUGAGGAUGAAUCUGGCUGGUUCAUGGGGUCAAGCCAUCACAUUUCCCAUGGGAUCAGGGGUCUUUGCCCAUCCCAUGUGUGUCCUGGGGUGGAGGUGGGGGGCUUCUCCCUCUACUGCUGGGUACAUGGGGGUGCCCAAGCUGCUGGGGUGAGCAGUGUGUCCCUUAGUCCUGCUCUGGAAGCUGUCCCUGCUGUGCCCCCCUGGAUGGUUCUUCUGCUGGUUUUUUGUAGUUAUUUAAAAUGCAGACCCUGAAGGAGGAGUUUUGGGUUUAUUUUGGUGUGCCUUGACAAAUAAAUUUGGGGGUUGGUUUGGACAACA